AUGUCAAUUGAAAAUCUCAAGUCCUACGACCCCUUCGCCGAAGCCGACGAAGACACCGGCGAGACCAAACAGUCUCAAAAUUAUAUCCAUAUUCGGAUCCAACAGCGCAAUGGACGAAAGACUUUGACCACCGUUCAGGGUCUCCCCAAGAAAUUCGACCAGAAGAAGAUUCUCAAGGUCAUCAAGAAGCAAUUUGCUUGCAAUGGCACCAUCGUAGCUGACAGCGAGAUGGGCGAGGUCAUCCAGCUCCAGGGUGACCAGCGCAAGGUCGUGCAAGAGUUCCUCAUCAACACCAAGGAGGGACUCGGAUUGGAUUCCAAGACCAUCAAGGUCCACGGUUUCUAA